GGAUCAGCAUUUCAGUUUUCCCCAAUUCGCGAAGCUCUUUCAACAAAGUUAACCCUAACAAAAUUCAAUUUGCAAUCUGACGAGAAAAUGGGCGGAGGACACGGCCACGGCCAUGGCAUCACCUACAAAGGCGUGACUCUACAUCAGCCUAAGCGCUGGCACACUGUCACCGGCAAAGGCCUCUGCGCCGUCAUGUGGUUUUGGAUUCUCUACAGAGCAAAGCAAGAUGGCCCUGUUGUGUUGGGCUGGAGACACCCUUGGGAAGGUCAUGAUGAUCAUCACUAGAACUGUGGUUUGAUUCAAAUAUGGAACGUGAAGGAGAAGUGGUCUUAUAGAUUGUUGGUUUGAGAAACUCUAUUUGGAUGUUAUGCACAAUAAAGUCGACUGAGGAGAAGUCAUCUUUAGCUUGAGACAUUGUACAAGUUUUUUCGACUGUGUUUAUUUUUCAAUUCUCUUGUUUGUGUAUCACUAUCUCGUCAUUAAUGCCACCCCAAUAUGAGAACCAUUUGAAUGUUGCAGUUUCAGACAUGGCUGCCCAUGUUUUCAAAACAUGUGGAAAAUUGUAUCCA